UCCGAAACACCAAAAAUUCUCAAUGUUAGCUGCAAAUCUGCACAGGCCUAUCCUGUAUAUUUCAGUGGAUGAUUGAUGGCCAGUGAUUUUUUUCUGGAAUAAGGAUACCUUGUUCGCUUUUUAUUGGUAGUUGAAUGCGAGUCCUUCCAUUCUUUCGGGAAUACUGUCUCAUGGUAUAUGGAAAUGUCUGAAAAACAGCAAGAUCAGGUUUAGGACAACACUGUCUACAGACAAAGGGUGAAGGAUUUAUUCUCGAGACUGCGUGGAAAGGAAGUCAGACUGAGAGGAAACUGGUUUAUGAUGAAUUGAUUCACAGGUGGAGAUGAAAGCAGUGAUGAAUGCGUGAGGGAUAUAAAAGAGAUCUGCGCAGAUUUCGCUCACAGACUGGAGCAACGGUGGGAAACAGGGGAAACACCAGUCACCUAAGUAAACAACAUCCAUGCCAUUGGAUAGAGUCGCUCUGGCUUAUUGGCUUUAAAUCUACAAAAUGCAGAAAACAACCUACUACGACAACUCUGGACUUUUUGGCGGCUACACCUACCCCAAACCAGACUCUUACAACUAUGGCCCCGCACAUCAGCCCUACCCAACUCCUAACAUUGAUAAUGAUUACCAGGGAUCAGUGUGUCCCAUUCAGACCUCUGCGGUCCGACCCCCAGCCCUCAAAGACAGUGACCUGAACGGAGACUGCAUGCGGCAAAGCAGCAGUCAAAGUAACAGCAGCAGCAGCCAAGCUAAUAGUAUUUCGGAGCAGCAGGCACCUCCACUGUCUGCAUCAUCCCCGAGUUCCAACAGCUCUGUAUCCCAGAAGAAGAAGUCCCCACCCAGCAGUGCUUCCGGUGCUACAACACCUGCCCUCACAAAGCAGAUAUUCCCCUGGAUGAAGGAGACCCGGCAGAACUCAAAGCAAAAAAGCAACAACUGUGCUGCUGCAGGUGGGGAGGUAAAUGAUGAGAAGAGCCCACCAGGACCGGCCUCCAAACGGGUCAGAACUGCAUACACCAGUGCACAACUUGUGGAGCUGGAGAAGGAGUUUCACUUCAACCGAUAUCUUUGUCGUCCUCGGAGAGUGGAAAUGGCAAAUCUGCUGAAUCUCACAGAGCGCCAAAUAAAGAUAUGGUUUCAAAAUAGGAGGAUGAAAUACAAAAAGGACCAGAAGUCUAAAGGACUCGCGCACUCUCCCCUGGGACACUCCCCGGAUAGAAGCCCGCCGCUGAGUGGCCCGAAUCACGUUGGAUAUUCUGGCCAACUCCAGAACGUGAAUAGCCUCAGCUAUGACGCGCCCUCGCCACCGUCAUUUGCCAAACCCCAACAAAACAUGUACGGCUUGGCCGCUUACACGGCGCCGUUGGGUGGUUGCAUCCCGCAACAGAAGAGGUACCCAGGAUCCGAGUACGAACACCACGGCAUGCAGAGCAACGGAGGCUUUGCCAACGCCAAUUUGCAAGGCAGCCCCGUUUAUGUGGGUGGGAAUUUUGUUGAUUCCAUGCCAGCUUCGGGCCCCAUGUUCAACCUCGGCCAUCUUCCCCACCCCUCAUCCACCAGUGUGGACUACAGCUGUGCCGCUCAAAUCCCAGGAAACCACCAUCAUGGACCCUGCGAUCCCCACCCCACGUACACAGAUCUCACUUCUCACCAAGCGUCUCAGGGAAGGAUUCAGGAAGCGCCUAAACUGACACAUUUGUAAUAGACUAUGUGGUUUCUUGUGUGUGUAUGAUUGUGUGUGUGUGUGUGUGUGUGUGUGUGUGUGUGUGUGUGCACGUGAGUGUGUGUGCCAAAAUUCUGUUGCGCUCUUUUUUUUAAUUACCUCACUAGUCUAAUAACUACACUCCAAGCGAGUCGUGUGUAUUAUUACAGUAUUAUUGAUAUUACUAUUAAUGCUAUCGUGUAAUUAUUUUUUAAAUAAUGCAGCUUUGUCAAUUUCUCAUGAAUAUUUGGAGAUGCCAGAGGCACACUAGCCUGAUUGUCAAUAGUUAUGUUUUUCUUUGUUUUGUUUGUUUGUUGUUGUUUUGUUUGUUUGUUUUUACUUUCAAGUGCAAUGCGCAGUGUUUGACUCAUUAUUUCAUACCGUUACUUGAAGGGAUGUCUUGUAGAUCACAAAAGUAGAUCAUCUUUAGAGAAAGAGCUUUUUAGGGGAAUUUUUGUCUGUUUGAUAAGGUCUCGUUUUCCUCAUCUUAUUUAUUUUUCGUUUAAUCGUUUUUUGCAUAAUCUUUCGCACUAGCAUAUAGCCUAUUUAUUAUUUAAUUGCUUUUGUAUUGCACAUUAUUUAUCGUUUAUAUGCGAGUAUUUAUAAGUGUGGAGUUUUGUAAGACUGAACAGAGCAGUGCACUUGGAAGUGUUGGGCAAAACAGGGUUUGGAAAAUGCUACGACUCGCAGUGUAUCUUUGAAAAAAAAAAAUAAAGAAGAGAUCGCUUUUCUAGUUGUAAAUCUGGUAUAAAUGGGGCAUUUUAUAGUGUAUAAACAUCACUAUAUGCCCAUGGUUAAUCUUGUGUCAAACCUUAAGCGAAACGUAGACUAUCGAAGUAUCAAAUAUUAUACACACCAGCAUGUCAUUUUGUGUAGUCAUUGCUAUUUUUGAUUUGUCUUCCAUUUUUAUUGCAUUCAGUUGGAUCUCCAUAAAUUUAUGAAACCCUAAUGAUAUUGAAAUGUUAUAUUUUAUUGUGUUUAACAUUUUGUAAAUAAAGUGCUUAAACUGGUA